AACAAUCAAAUUGAUAGUCCUAUAAUCUUCUUUUGGUAUAGAGUACAAGAGGGAGAAAAAUGUCGCAAACAGAGGAAGAUAAGAAGCCAAGUGGAGAUCAAGCUGCACAUAUCAAUCUCAAAGUCAAAGGCCAGGAUGGGAAUGAAGUCUUCUUUAGGAUCAAAAGAAGCACCCAGCUAAAGAAGCUGAUGAAUGCAUAUUGCGACCGGCAGUCGGUGGAUUUCAACUCAAUUGCAUUCUUGUUUGAUGGUCGUCGUCUCCGAGCAGAGCAGACUCCAGAUGAGCUGGAGAUGGAGGAUGGUGAUGAAAUUGACGCAAUGCUGCAUCAAACUGGAGGCUCAACUGUUUGAGUGAUCUCUUUUGCUUAUGUACAGACUGUGUUUCUAGGUGGUAGACUUUAAUGAAUGUAGCUUAUGCUACUUUAGGACCUGUAGGCUCAUAGAUGAGCUUCGUGAUUUUUGCUUAUGUCGGACCAGCUUUUAUAAACAUAAUCAUUACUCACUGUUGCAAGAAGAUCAUUAGUUGCUUCUUGCCGUGAAAUUAAAGUACUUCUUGUUCUAUCUAUAUAUAUAUAAGCCCUCUCCUCAACA